AUGGGUACGACAGAAUCGUCACAAUCAUCCGAAUUGGGUCAAACAUUUCAUCGUCAAUCGCCAAAUGUAGCUCGUCUAAUACGUAGUGAAAAUAGUCGUAGUCCACAAAUGGAAUAUGAAUUUCCAAUUGGUGGAAAUUCAUCACAUUCACAUCAUCGUCGAGGUCUAGGAUUUUCUUCAUCAUCUUCACAUCACUCACAUCAACAUCAUUCGCAACAAAAUAAUAAUUUAACAACAAAUUCAAAUAAUCUCUAUCAAGAUGGUACACUAGCAAAUAGUAGUAAACAAUCAACCGAUAGUGUUUGGCUAUCGUUUACAUCGUGUUUCGGUUGUCGAUCAAGACAUUCUCAAACACCACCAAGUCCUUUAAGAGAAAAAGUACAUGCUAUUCGAAUUGUACGCGCUUCAAAUGACUUAACACCAGCCGUAUUCGAUUCACACUAUAAUAUAAUCACACUCGAACAGUUAAGAGAAUGUGAUCAAACCGGUGGUAAUAGCGGAAAUAACAAUGAUUCAAUAAAUAAUUCAUCAAAUGGACAAGAUAACAAUACGGGAGGUCAAAAUGGAAAUGUUCACACAUCAUUUUCGUCAAAUACCUCCACAUCAUCACAUGGUGGACGAAUGAAAAAGAAGAAAAAACGAGGAAAUUCAUCAGCAUUACCCAUCGGAGAUGAAAUAAUCUCAUCAUCAACAGAUCAAAAUUCAUCGUCAACUACGACUACGGCAACGAAUCGUAUUUAA